CGCUCGCUCGAGUUAUGCUACACUCGAUCGCAUCGGUGAAAGAGACGCAUUGCAAACGGCUGUCCUUCUACAGUUCGCUGAUAUAGGCUGGUUCGAAGUUGGACGUUAUAGUAGCGAUCGGAAAGUACUUUCGCCGAGAGUCACUCGUAGUGGGGGAGGCAGGACUUGAACCCUGGAACCCUAUGGGCCAUAUAUACUACGGGCCCAUACAGAGCUCUUACUACUUGUGGUGUCAGCUUGUCGCGGAUUCUCCGCUGUACAGGAAACGCACAGGAGACAGAAGUUGAUAAGAGUGACGCGAAGGACCAAGGACGAGCUGAUUCGACAAGGUGAACGUGACAGUGAUAUCUGUUGGAGGUAGGAAGUGAUACGUGCAAAUGACACCGUGAAGCUGUGAAUGCUGAUGAGGUGAUUCACCGAUGCAAUGCCAUAUGAAGCUGCUAAUUUUGUGCACAUUAACUACCGUCGCUUUUGCCGCACCUCCUCAAGGGUCGCGACGGGGUCUCCUCAAGAUACCGAGGGUGUAUAAUGCCGUGAUUACGAGCAAUCAGAAUCUAUUGCCGUCGCGAGCAUUCCCUGUGAUACAACCGGUCUUCCAUCGAACCGCCAUCGGCUACGUGCCACCGUUCUAUUAUACACAGAUAGCACCUCAUUUUGUCGGGCCAGAAGUGGUGCAUUAUCCGCUGCUCGCCGAUGGUAAAGCGGUCAGAAACGACCAAGCGCAGGUCUCUUCCUCAACGUCGCGUCUAGCCGAGUCGACGAGCUUCGGUAUCGCAAAAGAACAUGAAGACACCGAUAUCACCGAACGUGAGAAGGAAAACAAUCCGAAAAAAGGCGAUACGAAGGACGAGCAGGAGCCAUUGACCUUUUAUCCGAACUAUCGUUCCUUUUACGAGCCGUACAUCUAUACGUACAAUGGCUUCAACCCACAUCUCGUACCUGGCACUUACUACAUCAAUUACCGAUCUUACGACUCUUUGAAACCAAUUCCAGCUAUUACACCGAGGAAUGUCGAUUCCGAUCAUCCAUUACCAAGUUUCGACGACGAGAAAAGAACCCAAAAGAAAAACGAUCGAGAAAAAAUACCAGAUGUACCACCGCAGCGCAGAAUGGAAAUAUUGAUUUAG